CGUCACUCCAGGCUCCGGAGGUGAACGAAGCACCAAGCACGAAGCAUACAGCUAGCUAGCUUGACAAUCAUCCACGAAACAUCGACUUUUCAUCCGCCCCAUCACAUCAACAACCAUGGCCUCCUCAGUGACAGUCGCCAUUCCCAACGGCCAGCCUGGCUACUCCUUCUCGCAAGCGCCCCAAGUCACUGUCAACUCGGGUCCUCGCCAACAUGCUGGUUUCUACCCAUACACCGACAACGGUGGUAGCACUCUCGGCAUCUCAGGUGCCGAUUUCACCAUCAUGGCUGGUGACACCCGCCACACCUCCGGCUACAACAUCAACACCCGCUACGCCCCUAAGCUGUUCCGCAUCGGCGGCGAGGGCCCUGAGAAGGAGGGCGCCCGCAUUGUUCUGUCCGUCGUUGGUUUCGCCGCCGAUGGCAAUGCUCUGGCCGAGCAACUCGACACCAUCGUCAAGAUGUACCACUACCGCCACAACAAGCCCAUGACCGUUUCCGCCUGCGCCCAGCGUCUAUCCCACAUCCUCUACAACAAGCGUUUCUUCCCCUACUACGUCCACGCCAUUCUUGGUGGAAUCGAUGCCGACGGCAAGGGUGCCCUUUACUCCUACGACCCUGUAGGCAGCUACGAAAGAGAACAGUGCCGUGCCGCUGGUGCUGCCUCGAGCUUGAUCAUGCCUUUCCUCGACAACCAGGUCAACUUCAAGAACCAGUACAUUCCCGGCUCCGGCGAGGGCCACGCCCUGCAACCCCGCGUUCCUGAACCCCUGCCUCAAAAGGACGUUGAAGAGAUUGUCGUGGACGCUUUCACCAGUGCCACUGAGAGACACAUUGAGGUUGGUGACGGUCUGCAGUUGAUGAUCAUCACAAAGAACGGAAUUGAAGAGAGAUAUCUGCCUCUGAAGAGAGAUUAGAGAGUCCAGUUUGUCUCUUUUGCGGUUUUUACAUGUGUUCACGACGAAGGAAUAUCUCCUCCCCUUCAGCGGAGAUGAGGGAAAGAAGAUGGUUGUAUUUUAAUCAUAUCAGGCACGGCUUUUGAUGCAUGGCGCGCGGCGUUGGCUUACAAGAAGGAAGGGUAAAUGGAAGAAUAACACCAUCCCACCGAACCACGAAUCUUGCCCACUCAUCUUUCGAUCUUUCAUCCAGUGACUGUGCUAACCUCAGUUCUCACCCAACAAGCUCUUCUCAUAGUUCACCAUUGUCGCCCCCCAGUUCAUGGCGAGACCUUGGCUCUGCUGCUACAUGAAGGCAUAAACGUCUAUCAUUAACUUUGCUAAACCUUGUAGAGCUCAUCUAUC